CACACCACCCCGAUCAGUCCUCCACUUUCCUCUCCGGCGAGCCGCGAGUCUCAACCAAGUGUGCCCAACGACCGACCCACCGACCAUGGCCGCCGGCGACAUCCGCCUCUCCAUCGCGCACCAGACCCGCUUCGCGCUCCGCCUCGCCGCCGCGCUCUCCUCCCACUCCGCCGCCGCCGCCGCACCCGCCGCCAACGCCGCCUUCUCCCCGCUCUCCCUCCACGUCGCGCUCAGCCUCCUCGCCGCCGGCGCCGGGGGCGCCACCCGCGACCAGAUUGCCGCCAGCCUGGGAGGCGACGGGCCCGGCGCGGCCGAGGGCCUCCACGCGCUCGCCGAGCAGGUGGUGCAGCUCGUGCUCGCCGACGGGUCCGGCGCCGGCGGCCCGCGCGUCGCCUUCGCCGACGGCGUCUUCGUCGACGCCUCGCUGAAGCUCAAGCCGGCCUUCGGGGAGGUCGCCGUGGGCAAGUACAGGGCCGAGACCCAGUCCGUCGACUUCCAGAAAAAGGCUGCUGAAGCUGCUGGUCAAGUGAACUCAUGGGUGGAAAAAAUCACAUCUGGUCUGAUCAAAGAGAUCCUCCCCCCAGGUUCAGUUGACCACACCACCAGGCUUGUUCUUGGUAAUGCGCUCUAUUUCAAAGGAGCUUGGACUCAGAAGUUUGAUGCAUCUAAAACAAAAGAUAGCGAGUUCCACCUUCUUGAUGGGAGCUCAGUUCAAGCACCAUUCAUGUCCAGCACAGACAAGCAAUAUAUCGCGUCUUACAAUAACUUGAAGGUGCUUAAGCUUCCAUAUCAGCAGGGUGGGGACAAGAGGCAGUUCUCUAUGUACAUUCUUCUUCCAGAAGCACAAGAUGGCAUCUGGAGCUUGGCUGAAAAGUUGAGCUCUGAACCAGAGUUCCUGGAGAAGCAUAUCCCAAUGCAGAAGGUUCCAGUGGGGCAGUUCAAGGUUCCCAAGUUCAAGAUAUCCUUUGGAUUUGAAGCAUCCAAAUUGCUCAAAGGUCUAGGGCUCCAGCUGCCUUUCAGCCCAGAAGCAGAUUUAGCAGAGCUAGUUGAUUCACCUGAGGGACAGAACUUGUGUGUUUCGUCCAUUUUCCACAAAUCAUUUGUCGAGGUGAAUGAGGAAGGAACGGAGGCUGCCGCUGCAUCUGCUGCAACAGUUGUGCUCAGGUCAUUCACGAUGCCCAUGGAUUUCGUCGCGGAUCACCCUUUCCUGUUCCUGAUCCGAGAAGACAUGACUGGUGUGGUGCUGUUUGUCGGUCAUGUGGUGAAUCCCCUACUUGCUCCAUAGUGUGCGUGUUCAAAAUCACCGCCCUGGUGGGCUUCCAUCCUGUCGUGCGUGCAGGGCUGCGACAAUUGAUCAUGCCUCCCAUGUAAUCUGACUUUUGUUUUGUUUCUGAAUAAAUAGAUGGCUUGAUCAAUGUAUGUAAGGUUGUGGGAUGAUGUAGCUCAGGAUUGGUAUACAUGUCGGCCUCCACGGUCUUCUGUUUUCUGCUUCC